AUGACAAGAAACGUAAAGGAGAAAGAUUAUGAAGAAAUUUUUGGCGAUGGAGCGGAAGAACUUUCCGAUGCCGUCGAAGAUUACUCUGAUUUCGACGACUUUGGCUCUGAUCGAGAAAAAUCAACACCUGUUACUAAAUCGAAGAAAAAACACAGUUCACAGAGGGAUGUAAGGGGAGGCUCUCCAGUAUCGCCACCCAGGCAGUCGUUUACUCCAGAUGAUCGUUCGACUCCUGAGGGUGACAGAGAUGAAGACGAAAUUUUUACUCCUCAACCUAUUAAGAGAAUCAAGAGAAAAAUCACCGAAAAAAAAAAAUAUAAAAAACGGAAGGGAAGUAAAGAAGGGGAUGGAGAUAUAGACGAAGAUGAUAUCAUAGCACCAACAGAAGAAAUGGCACCUCUUAUGGAAUCUAGGCAAAUAAUAGAACGUGAUUUCCUGGAAAUGAUGCCAAAAAAAAAGAAAAGUCGAGUUAAAAGUCAGGACAUUGAUAUUGACAAAUAUUACGAUCAAGCCGCUGAACAUUUGUAUAAACAAAUGGUUCAUUAUGCAGACCAAGAUAAUCAUAAUUGUCAAACCAAAAAUCCCAGUACAUAUAAAUUAGAUAACCUAGAUUAUGUUGCAUCGGAAUUGACCAAGCCAUUUAUGACCGAGGCAUUGAUGGAUUCUGGGAUAUUAGAUGCAAUUAGGUAUUGGCUAGAACCACUUCCCGAUAGAUCGCUACCAAAUAUCACAAUUAUAGAACAAAUGUUCAAGGUUUUAAAUAAGCUUCCAAUUACCACUGAACAUCUUUUGUCCAGUAAAGUCGGAAGAAUUGUAUUUUUCUAUCAAGAUUCUCCACGAAGUGACGAACGUAUCAAACGACUCGCUUCAGAAUUAGUCAGAAAAUGGACAAGAAAAAUCUAUAACAUUAGCACAAACUACAAGGAUAAGAAUUUCAAACGAGUUGAAUUCCAUCCCGAAACGAUGGCAGAAGCACACGCAACAGCAGCAUCUAAUAAUAUUAUCUCAGAGGAUCGAUCACAACAAACAGCAUCAUCGUCAAUUCGUGCUCGUAUUCCACAAGCAGCAUCGUUCGAUUAUGACGUAAUUCCUGAAGUAAGGAUUAUACAAAAUCGCAAGCGAGCAGAUGAUCCAUACAAGCAUAUAAAACAAACUAUGGCCCGAAUGCGUCGACAACAAAAAUAA